CCGCCGGCUGCCAUCUUGGCGAUCGGAGUCAAACGCCUGUGCAGUUUAGCAAAAAAAUAAAUAAAUGCAAAGACGCCAAUGAAUUAGUGCAAUCGAUACAACAAAAAAUAAAAGUGAAAGUGGGAAGCGUCGACUCUGAUUCCUGCUACGGUGGUAGCGCUGCAGUGUCAUGCCGUCAAACCAUUUGCCUCCUAAGGAGAGUAACCUUUUUAAGCGCAUUCUGAAAUGUUACGAACAGAAACAAUACAAGAAUGGCCUAAAGUUCUGCAAGAUGAUCCUGACCAAUCCAAAAUUUGCAGAACAUGGAGAGACCUUAGCGAUGAAAGGACUUACAUUGAAUUGCCUGGGGAAGAAAGAGGAGGCUUACGAGUUUGUUAGACGGGGUCUGCGAAAUGAUCUGAAAAGCCACGUUUGCUGGCACGUCUAUGGCCUCCUCCAGAGGUCGGACAAGAAGUACGACGAGGCCAUCAAGUGCUACCGCAAUGCCUUGAAGCUUGAUAAGGACAACCUGCAGAUCCUGCGGGACUUGUCUUUGCUGCAAAUCCAGAUGAGGGACCUCGAAGGUUACAGGGAAACUAGGUAUCAACUGCUGCAGUUGCGGCCAACGCAGAGAGCUUCCUGGAUUGGUUAUGCCAUUGCCUACCAUCUACUGAAGGAUUAUGACACAGCCUUAAGACUGUUGGAAGAAUUCCGCAAAACACAACAGGUUCCAUCUAAUAAAAUUGACUAUGAGUACAGUGAGUUGCUGCUAUACCAGAAUACAGUAAUGAGGGAGGGGAAUUUGUUUGAAGAGGCCUUGAAGCAUAUUGAAACGUAUGAGAAGCAAGUUUGUGAUCAGCUUAUGGUAGAAGAGAUCAAAGGUGAGAUGCUGCUGAAAUUGGGUAAGCUGACGGAGGCUGCGGGAGUCUACAGACACCUGAUUGACCGCAAUACGGAGAACUGGUCAUAUUACACUGGACUGGAGAAGGCUCUGCGGCCACGCACAAUGGAGAAGAGAUUACAGAUAUAUGAAGACGUGGGCAGCAGACAUCCAAAGACCAUCUCCUUGAAAAGACUCCCACUCAGUUUUCUGACAGGUGAAAUAUUCAGGGACAGAAUUGACAAGUACUUAAGAACAAAUUUCAGCAAAGGCUGUCCUCCACUGUUUACCACCUUGAAGUCUCUCUACAAUGAUCCAGGAAAGGUCUCUGUAAUACAUGAACUGGUCACUGGGUAUGAGACGUCCCUCCGGACGCGUGGCUUGUUUAGUCCAAACGCAGAAAGAGCUGAAAGGGAGCCACCCACCACCCUCCUCUGGGUUCAAUACUUCCUGGCUCAGCACUUCGACAGGAUGGACAGGAAGGCUGCAUCUCUGGAGUACAUCAACGCUGCCAUCGAGAGCACCCCCACCCUCAUCGAGCUCUUCUACGUCAAGGCCAAAAUCUACAAGCACGCUGGGGAUUUGCGGGAGGCGGCACGGUGGAUGGAUGAGGCACAGUCCCUGGACACGGCCGACCGCUUCAUCAACUCCAAAUGUGCCAAGUACAUGCUGCGUGCCGGGAUGGUGAAGGAAGCCGAGGACAUGUGCUCCAAAUUCACACGGGAGGGGACCUCAUCCAUGGAGAACCUCAAUGAGAUGCAGUGCAUGUGGUUCCAAACGGAAUGCGCCACCGCCUACCGGAAUCUAGGAAAGUACGGGGAUGCUCUAAAAAAGUGUCACGAGAUAGAGAGGCACUUUUUUGAGAUCACCGAUGACCAGUUUGACUUUCACACGUACUGCAUGAGAAAGAUGACUCUGCGGGCCUACGUGGACCUCCUGAAGCUUGAGGACGUCUUACGGAGGCACUCCUUCUACUUCAAAGCCGCACGCUGUGCCAUAGAGAUCUACCUGAAGCUCCACGACAACCCCCUGACCGACGAGAGCAAGCAGCAGGAGGUGAACGCAGAGAACCUUUCCGCCAAGGAGCUGAAGAAGCUACUGAGCAAGCAGAGGAGAGCGCAGAAGAAGGCCAAGCUGGAGGAAGAACGUCGGCAUGCCGAGAAGGAGCGCCAGCAGAAGAACCAGAAGAAGAGGAGGGAUGAGGAUGAGGAGGAGAUCAGUGGGCCAAGGGAAGAACUCCUUCCAGAAAAACUGGAGAAGGUUGAAAAUCCCUUAGAAGAGGCAAUUAAGUUCUUGACACCUCUGAAAAACCUUGUUGCUGACUGUAUAGAUACACAUCUUCUAGCUUUUGAAAUCUAUCUCAGAAAAGGAAAGUUUCUUCUAAUGUUGCAGUCUGUAAAGAGAGCCUUCGCUCUUCAGCCAGACCACCCCUGGCUUCAUGAAUGUUUGAUUAGGUUCUCUAAGGCUGUUUCCGAUCAAAGCAACCUUAACGAAGUCGUCUAUAAGGUCUUGUCUUCGGAAAUGAUGAAAAUCUUUGGCAACCAAAAUUACGACACCUUCAAUGACGGAUUCCUAAGAAACAAUUCCAACUCUGUGGAACGCCUCCUUUCAGGUGCAAAGAUGAUGUAUUUCUUGGAUAACUCAAGGCAAGAGAAGGCCCUCGCUAUAGCUACACGGUUAGAUGAUGAGCUUUUGGACCGAAAUGUCAAGUCUUGCACUAAGGUGCUGGAGACCUUGCUGGACGGGGGCUUUGGAAGCUGUCCUCUCCAGGUUGAGGAGUAUCGCAAAGCCUGCCACAGACUAUUCCCUCUUGCGACUGCCUUCACACCCCCAGUCACGGAGGACGACAAGGGCUUUGCCUCGAGAAACAAUAGCACCAUUAAUCACGAUAUGCUAGCCAAUGAAAUAUGAGAGCUCUGCCUUGCUGAUGGCCUUCUGUGACAUAACCAAACUGCUGGAAGCCAAUGUUAAUGGGCAGCCCCAGUCCCUGAGAGGAAGAAGUCACUGUGGCUGAGCCUUGGUGGGGCUGUGAGGCCUUGCGGGUGGCGGGGGGGGGGGCACCACUUCUGUUGAUAGUGUUAACUUAUUUUUGCUUUGAAAAUGCUGCCAUACAUUCUGUGUCCUUUAGCGUUGUCAGGGGUAAACUGUAGCUGGGGGCUUUGUGGUGCGUUGUCUGUCGUAACAGUUGUGUACCAAAAUCUGCCCGGGGAUACGUUAGUGGAAACCAGAAAUGAGAUUCAUGAGAAACGGCGCAGUGAUAUGUUUCCGUGCAACGGCAAGGAUUUCCAUCUCCACCUUUUUAAUGUAAAGGUCUAGUUGCAACAAUCAGCAGUGACUCACUAGCGUGAGACGUUUUGAUUCCUCAUUCAACAACCCUGGGUGUAGAUUUGUGUUUAUGUCAGCUGAAUUUUCUGGAGCAAGGUUAGUCUUAGUAUAGUUUACAGGCAUGUCCAUAGCACCAAGGAAACAAUACAAAAUAUGCCUUAUGCAUCAUGGAAGCAGACUCUGUUCUUUUUAAUUGGAAAUAAAGGUAAAUGUGCUGUUUUGGUCUUAUGUAUCUUGCACAGUUUUAAAACUGCUUUUUCCCCCCAAUAAUUGACGCCUCAUCUCGCACAGAGUGUUUAAUUGCGGAAGCGGGACCCAGAACAUCACUGUUGUUUUUGGGGGCUUGUAAUUUUUAUGGAAAGUGAAAUCCAGCAUAUUUUUGGUACCGUUCGAGUAACGUGAUUAGAUGAGGAUUCUUUGCUGUUGUUUGCUUUAAGCUCUUUUAGUUCGUUCCAACUGCAUUAUCAUAUGGGAGAGUGGAAGGUACCAUGUCUUCAGCACAGUGUUUGUCAGCCCGGUCCUUGGAAACUCCCAGCCAGUCCGUGUUUUUGCUCCCUCAUCAAGAAUGCGGACUGCUGGGAGGGAGCAGAAAUGUGGACCGACUUGGUGUCCCCAAGGACCGGGCUGGGAAACACUGCAUUAAUAGAUUUUAAAGAAAUAAAUGGAAAAAAUCACUCCCACCCUUAUUAGGUUUGAGCUGUCAUAUGUCCUGUCAUGUUGGUUACAUUGUCAGAUGGUUUAAGCAGAGAUUAUUGUUCUCUGACUGCUUCAUUUUUUUUUAAUGGUUUGUAAGAGAACUCGCUUGUAAGUUAGCCACCCCUGUCCUGUGUUUUACCUUUUUCACUAAAUGCAUUUGGAGUUCAAGGAAAUGUUUCACUGUAAAAUUAUGCCAAUAUCUGUAAUAAAUUAUUUUCUACGUA